UUGAAUUUCAGAUUUAAAGAUGGCCGCUCUACUGAAGAAAGUCCCUGUACUGAUUGAAUUGGCUAAACCUAAACUAAACGUAUUCGUUAAAUACGCCAAGGUUGAGCUAGUACCUCCCACCCCUGGAGAGAUUCCACGAGCUAUUGCUGAUGCUAGUACUAAGAUAGCUAACCUUCAGAAGCAAACCUUUAGAAACUGGACUGUGAAGGAAGCUGCAAUUAAUACAGUUGUUGGACUAGAAGUUUUCUGCUGGUUCUUUAUCGGAGAGUGUAUAGGGAAGGGUAGCUUGGUGGGAUAUCAGGUUUAAAUUAGCAUGAAAAAUAUCAAUGACUGGAGCUUGGAUGCAUGAACUCAACUUGAACCUGGAUCUUGAAACUUGAUCUUAGUUUCAACUCUGGUCUGGUUAAGCCCAGCUAAAAAAAGUAGUCGGUUUUAUUUAAAGAUCUCUUGAUGAAAUAAAUAUUAAAACUUA